AGCGUGUCCGAUCCGUGCGUCUGCCGCGUAAUGCGCCAUGUGGCCUCGUUCUGUCUGCACCCACCUCUUCCCCGCCGUCCAAUGAGAAGAGGCCCCUUUUGGAGCAGCCAGGAGAGACUGUUGUCCAGUGAUUCCGCGAGAAACGGUUGUUGCUCAGCCCACAGAGCCACGGAGACCGCACGCAGAUCCACGCACAUCACCGCAUACCCCACGCAGAUCCACCGUCGUGUCCUCCGGAGCUCGAACGCUGCAGCAGCAUCACCUGCCCCAGAGAGGCUUCUCGUGCCCCGAGUCUGCACGCCACUUUCACUAGCACCAUCUUGCCGAAGACAUUCCCAGAAGAAGACAUCCACCAGUGUCCUGCAUGUGUGAAGAACAAAGGCCAGCACAUACAACCACGAGGAAUUAACAUUUCCAACCCACCUGGUUUCCUCUCUAUCUAAGAAACACUAUUUGUACCUGGCUAAACCGUGACAAGCUAAACCUCAAGAAAUCACUGAUCGCUUCACAACGAGGGUGACGAUACAUGACACGACACCAACGUUAUGUGAAGAUCCACCUAAUGACCACGGCCUGGUGCCAGGAAGGCCGAGAGGGAGAUCGGCUACUUCAUAACCAACAGAGACUGCUCACCAUAGAAGGGAGCGAAGCAAAAAGCAUGAGUUCAUGCAGCACAGAUGUUAAGGAAAAUCGGAACUUGGACAACCUCUUCUCCAAAGAGGGGGUUGCAGCUGCGACUGCUCAACCCCCCAAUGGGAGUGGUGGGGGUGGGAGGAAGCGUCCUUUAGAGGAGGGCAAUAAUGGGCAUGCGCAUUCCAAGUACAGGCCCAAGAAGCGUAAGAAAGUCCCCGGGCCCAUUCUGCCUAAGAAUGCCCUCAUGCAGCUCAAUGAGAUCAAGCCAGGGCUGCAGUACAAAAUACUCUCUCAGACCGGGCCCGUCCAUGCACCCGUCUUCGUGAUGACUGUGGAGGUCAACGGGCAGCUCUUCGAGGGUUCCGGUCCUACCAAGAAAAAGGCCAAGCUGAAUGCAGCAGAGAAGGCCCUGCGCUCCUUCGUCCAGUUCCCCAAUGCGUCCGAAGCCCACAUGGCCAUGGGCCGGACUCUGUCUGUGCACACGGACUUCACCUCGGACCAGGCUGACUUUCCAGACAUGCUCUUUAAUGCCUUUGAGACAUCCAUUCCUGCCGACGACCCUUUUUACCUUGCAUCCAUCAGUAAUGGUUCCUUCAACUCAUUGGGAAUAGAGUACCCGUUGCUGCCCUCUCCUGUCCCCAACCUCGGGCAGGCCCCGUUACCUCUAGUCCCCCCCCCCUUCAUCUCCCCUACAAGCGGCAAGAAUCCAGUCAUGAUCCUCAAUGAGUUGCGGCCAGGCCUCAAGUAUGACUUUGUGUCCGAGAGCGGGGAGAGCCAUGCCAAGAACUUUGUAAUGUCAGUGUCAGUGGAUGCUCAGAGCUUCCAGGGUUCUGGACGAAACAAGAAGCUGGCCAAGGCCCGCGCUGCCCAGGCUGCUCUGUCUGCUCUGUUUAACAUGCAGCUGGAUCAGGCUCCAUCAAGUCAGCCAAUACCCAGAGAAGGACUGCAGCUUCACCUGCCACAGGUCCUGGCGGACUCUGUCUCUCGCCUGGUCGUCGACAAGUUCAGCGAACUCACGGACAACUUCUCGUCUCCGCACUCGAGACGGAAAGUAUUGGCAGGUGUCGUCAUGACAACAGGUACAGAUGUGAAGGAUGCUGAGGUAAUCUGCGUGUCCACAGGAACAAAGUGCAUCAAUGGUGAAUACAUGAGCGAUAGAGGUUUGGCCCUCAAUGACUGCCAUGCUGAGAUAGUGGCGCGCCGCUCGCUCAUCAGGUACCUAUAUUCCCAGCUGGAGUAUUUCCUCAGUAAUCACGAAGAGGAGCAGCAGACAUCUAUCUUCACCAGGUGUGAAAACAGACAAGGGUUCAGGCUGAAGGAAAAUGUCCAGUUCCACCUCUACAUCAGUACAUCCCCCUGUGGAGACGCCCGCAUAUUUUCUCCCCAUGAGGCUGGAAUGGAGGAUCAGGGGGACAGACACCCGAACAGAAAGGCCCGCGGACAGCUCCGCACUAAAAUAGAGUCCGGUGAAGGAACCAUCCCGGUUCGCUCCACCAACACCAUCCAGACGUGGGAUGGAGUUCUUCAGGGCGAGAGGCUGCUAACCAUGUCCUGCAGUGACAAGAUAGCCAGGUGGAAUGUAGUCGGACUCCAAGGCUCUUUGAUGAGCUACUUCACUGAGGCCAUCUACUUCUCCAGCAUCAUCCUGGGCAGCCUGUACCAUGCUGACCACCUCUCCAGAGCCAUGUACCAGAGGAUUACCGAGAUUGAGGACCUGCCCCAGUCCUUCAGCUUGAAUAGGCCACUGCUCAGUGGAAUAAGCAACUCAGAGGCUCGUCAGCCGGGGAAAGCUCCCAACUUCAGCGUCAACUGGACGGUGGGAGACCAAGGGUUAGAGUUAAUCAACGCCACCACAGGGAAGGAUGACCUGGGUCGACCCUCCAGGCUCUGCAAACACACUCUGUACAGCCGCUGGAUGCGCCUGCACUGCAAGCUAUCCUCCACCCUGCGGAUCAAAACGGUGAGGCCCAGCAGCUACCAUGAUGCCAAGCAGGCAGCGGUGGAGUACCACAGCGCCAAGCACGCGCUCUUUAGAGCCUUCCACAAAGCCGGACUGGGCGCCUGGGUGAAGAAACCGAUUGAGCAGGAUCAAUUUGCCCUGGGCACCUGAGCAGCGAGCGAUGGGAGAACGGGUCUGCUCGCUUUGUUUCCUGGGUCAGUUUCCCUGGUGGAAUAGUUUCCCUCCGGAUUGUCAUGGACUGGCCGGUGUAUUAGUGGGAGGAGAGCGGCAUCGCAUCCAGAUGUCAGAAUCCACGGAUUUAACACUUCACCUUCAUCUGUGUAGCCUCUCGCUACUUCCUCUCAGCCAGCACUGCACAUUCAAGAAGAGAAUUAUCCAGUCAGUUAUGCAACUUUAUACCACGGACAAAUGUAAAAACAGACUUUGAGAGUGGAAACUUUAAUGGCACUUGUUUAUAUAAGAAUAAUGGAUGUUCUCAUUUUGCAUGUGUGUUUAUACAAAUUUCAUAGGAGGUAUCAGUGUUGUAAUGAUUUGAGAAUGUUCUAUCUGCUCAUUUGCAGUUCUUUGAGGUCACAAAUAUAUUUUCUUUGCUAAGGAUAUGCACACUAAAAUGUCUAAAGUGGCAGAAAACUUUAGGGGAUAGUAAACCGUUUUAAUGACAGCUUUACUCUUAAUUACUUACAUUUGUCCAUGGGGCAAUCUACAUGAGUUGAACUCACCGUCCUGUCACGAUAGGUGGGCAAGCAUGGUGGAUUUGACUGUGCUAUUCUUUAAAUGCGUUGGCUCAGAUAUCAUAGUAAAAAAUAUGUACAUCAUAAAUAAAGGGACGUUGUCAGACUCAGCUUUCUCAAGAGAGGUCUGACAUGCUGUGCAGCUAACUAACCAGAAAAUACCAAUUUGAGGAGGAGGAGGCCUGGGGGGCCCUGAUUAGAGGAGAGUGACAACCGCAAUUACUGACUGAUAGGCUGACGCAUCAGUCAAUCAAAGAGAUACAACCAAAAACUUUUCCGUUUUCAUACUGCAUUUGCGGCCCUACUUUUCCCUGAUUACCCAUUUAGCUCAUAACAAGCUUCCUAUGUCGAUACUAAUGAUCAUACUUGAUGUCGCCGUUAAGAUUGUUCAAAGAAUACUUAGCCCCAUGACGAAUAUUUAUUUUCACAUUAAAGGCAAAAAAAGAAGUUUAUUUUUGUAUGAAAAUAUGAAAUAUUGGAGACAAACAUCAACAUACAUGUAUACCAAAUUAAGUGGUCAUUUAAGCUCCCAUCCUUGUUGGAAUAAAGAGUAAUAAAGUGAUUGUUGUUGAUGUCCAAGGCGUUAAGCCAUGACGGUUUGUCAACUUGAUGCUCUUUAAAGAAUUAGUCUCCUCGUACCCUUUAAUCCUGUUGUGGCUCAUUUCCUCUAGUCACUAAGGUUGGCUGAGAACAUUCCUCCUGUUGCACUGGGGUGACAAGUUUAUGCAACCAAUCCAACAAAUUCGUCAGAGUCUGCGAAUGUCUCCCGCAGUGAUCGCCCCUAUGCAGUAACGACAGUGAACCCACACCCUGCUAGUGUUGUUAACACGAAGACCACCAGUAAAAGCUCACCAAAGAUGAUGUCAGCGUUUUUUGUUUUUGUUUUCUGUGUUUUUCUUCCACACAUUCAAAUGUUGUUUUAUAUUAUAUAUUGUAUUCCGACUGUACUACUUGUGAUGAUGUGUAAAGUGAGGUUAUGUGUAGUAGUGUUUUACUCCAAACAAGACCUUUUUCUUUAGCGAAGAAAUAAUUCAUAUUCCAGAUUGUCUGUUGUCUUUCAAAUCAUUUUCAAAUUCUUUAUUUGCUGUAAAAGUACUCGGGAUGUAAACCUCCAGCCUCAAACCCACACAGGGCAUCUUGAACUUAUAUCUGGAUUUUUAGUUGUGUGGAUUUCCUUCCUCUGUAUAUUAUGAAUGUGUAUCCUUCUGCUUCUAUUUACCUUCUGAAAAUGCAUCUUGACUUUGAGCAUGUGCAGACCUGUUCCUGUCUCGGCUUUCCUGGCUCCACAAUCGGGCCCUCAGGGUAUUAGGAGGUGCCGCCAAUUAUGUUUCCACGUUAUAUGCACUUUUUCAAAGGGAAUGGUAUACUUUUUCCACAGACUUUAAGCUAAAGCAAAAGUGAGUGGAUACGUGGUUAAAUAUGGUCCACCGUAUUUUGUUCCUAUUUGUCAAUAUGUUGGUGCUUGUUGAACCUCCACAAUUCUUAUGGGUUCAUGCAUUAUGUUAUUGAUUUCCCGCAUAAAAUAUAGCAAGACUGCGGGGCCUAAUGCAUGAGCUCUAGCUGUAAAGCAUGAAACUAUGAAUAUAAAAUAUGUAGAGUUGAGUCACUGAGCUGAGAUUUAAUAAAGUGCUGUUACAGUCA